UCAAAUUUUUCACAAUAAAUUCAAUUUUAUUCUCAAGACAAAAAUGUAGUGAUAAUAAAUUAUCGAUAUAAUUAAUCACAAAAUGGUUAAAAGACGUAAUCGUCUUUGGAUUCUGGGACUAAUUUGUGCUCUUUCAGCUAGUCUUUUCAUUUAUUAUCAUCUUCAGCAUGAAACAAAAAAUAAUGUAAACUUUUUAGGAUUUACUGAUCGUGAAAUGAAACUAGCUGAACGUGUCAAAGAUGCUGAACAACAGAAUCAAUUCCUUCAACGACAGCUUAAAAUUUCUCGCCAACAUUUAGCGAAUGUUUUGGCUGAAGUCAAGCAUAAUCAAAUGCGAUCAUUAUCAUCAUCAUCAAAAGAAUCGUUAAACAAUGCAAAAAUAUCGACAAUCAAUGAGCGAAAACUUUUGACAAAUUCAUCUUUGUUCUCAAAGAGGCCUUGUGAUCAUCCUAGUGAUAAUAAAGGCAAUCAAGAUAUCGUUUCAAAAUGUGAAGUGAUCGAAGUUGCAAUCGUUUGUGCUGGUUAUAAUUCUUCGCGAUCAUUAGUUACAUUAAUCAAAUCUAUCUUAUUCUAUCGAAAAAAUCCUCUACAUUUUCAUUUCAUAUCCGAUCAGAUAGCACAAAAUAUUUUGCAAACAUUAUUUAAAACUUGGUCGGUUCCCGAAGUUGAAGUCAAUUUCUAUCUAACAGACAUGCUUCAAUCUGAUGUCAAUUGGAUUCCUAAUAAACACUAUUCUGGAGUUUUUGGCCUAAUGAAGCUUGUUUUACCAAAAAUUCUUCCCAUAUCACUGGAUAAAGUUAUUGUUCUUGAUACUGAUAUAACGUUUGCAACAGACAUUGCCGAAUUAUGGAAAUUAUUUUUAAAAAUGUCAACAGAAUCAAUUGCUCUCGUGGAGAAUCAUUCCGAUUGGUAUCUUGGAAAAUUGUGGAAAAAUCAUGUACCAUGGCCAGCACUAGGACGAGGUUUCAACACUGGAGUAAUGCUUUUCAGAUUACAACGACUUCGUGAUUUCAAUUGGUCAGCUAUCUGGAAAAUAGUUGCAGAAAAAGAACUUUUAUCGAUGCUUUCAACUUCAUUAGCAGAUCAAGAUAUAUUCAAUGCUAUUAUUAAACAAUAUCCUCAAUUAGUGUAUCGAUUGCCUUGUCAGUGGAAUGUACAAUUGUCGGAUAAUUCGCUUUCAGAUUCACUAUGCCACACUGAAGUACAAGAUUUGAAAAUCAUACAUUGGAAUUCACCGAAAAAACUUAAAGUCAAAAAUAAACAUUUAGAAUUUUUUCGUAACCUUUACCUAACAUUUUUGGAAUAUGAUGGCAACCUUUUACGAAGAGAAUUGAUGGGCGGAUGCCCUACAACUCCAUUACCUAUGUCUGCAGCUAACCUUUCAAAUAAUUUAAUCAUUAAUCGUCAAUCAUUACAACCAAGUGAUGAUGAUGAUCCUUGUUACGAGUUUGAUCGUGCUCAAUCAAUUCAACAUCGAACUCAUCUUCAUUACAUUGAAUUUGAAUACGAACCAUCGCCAGACGGAAAUGAUGUUACACUUGUCGCUCAGCUUUCCAUGGAUCGCUUACAGAUGGUCGAAGCUUUGUGUGAACAUUGGGAAGGGCCGAUUUCUCUAUCAAUGUACAUGUCUGAUUCAGAAGUUCAGCAAUUUCUAGGCUAUCAUCAAAAUUCUAAAACUCUUUCAGAGAGAAAAAAUAUUGACUAUCAUAUCGUAUAUCGAGAUGGACCAUUCUAUCCGAUAAAUAAAUUAAGAAAUGUAGCUUUGGAUCAAGUUAUCACGCCAUAUGUUUUUCUUACCGAUAUCGAUUUCCUGCCUAUGAUCGGCCUCUAUGAUUACCUCAAACGUUCCAUUGGAUCUAUUGGUUUGGGUUCAUCUUCCAGUCUAAUAGAUCAUUCAAGUUCAUCAAACAUUAACAACACUCCAAAACGUGCCUUGGUUGUACCAGCUUUUGAAACACUUCUUUAUCGUAUACAAUUUCCUAAAACGAAAGCUGACUUGAUUCAAAUGUUGAACAUUGGACAAUUAUUCACAUUCCGUUAUCAUGUAUGGACCAAAGGACAUGCACCAACAAAUUUUGCCAUUUGGGGACAAGCAACCACACCUUAUCGGAUAAAAUGGGAACCAGAUUUUGAGCCAUAUAUCGUUGUACAUCGUGAUGUUGUUCGUUAUGAUACACGAUUCGUUGGAUUCGGCUGGAAUAAAGUAUCACACAUUAUGGAAUUACAUGCACAAAACUAUGAAUUCAUUGUCCUACCGAAUGCAUUCAUCAUUCAUAUGCCACAUGCUCCUAGUUUUGAUAUUGCUAAAUAUCGUUCGAAUUCAAAUUAUCGUAAAUGUUUGCAAACAUUAAAACGAAAUUUCAUAAUGAAUCUAUCUAAACAUUAUGGACGACAAUUCAAAGAUGAUAGUUUGAUUGUCAUCAAAAGUUGAUUUUUUUCAAUUUGUAAACACCUCUCUAGUCUAGAAUGGGGGCCAAAUUUUUUUUACGUCCUUCACUUGUACGUAUUAAUAAGUAAUAAUAAUAAUUAUAUUAUAUGUUUUAAGUAAUUUCUGAUCAUAAAUUUUGUAAUUCAUUCAAUUUAAAAUUUUUUCUGCCAAUAAAAAAAAUUCAUAUUAAAAA